AUGGCUUUCCAUGUGGAGGGGCUGGUGGCCAUAGUUGUAUUCUACCUGGCUAUCCUGGCAGUUGGGAUAUGGGCUGCUUGGAAAACCAAGAACACUGGCAGCGAAGGAGAUCGCAGCGAAGCUAUUAUAGUCGGUGGAAGAGACAUUGGCUUGUUAGUUGGUGGAUUUACAAUGACCGCCACGUGGGUUGGAGGAGGUUACAUCAACGGGACAGCAGAAGCUGUGUAUGUCCCAGGCUAUGGUCUAGCUUGGGCUCAGGCACCUAUCGGAUAUUCCCUUAGUCUGGUUUUAGGUGGCCUUUUUUUUGCAAAACCCAUGCGAUCCAAAGGCUAUGUGACAAUGCUAGACCCUUUUCAGCAGCUUUAUGGAAAAAGGAUGGGAGGGCUACUGUUUAUUCCAGCUUUAAUGGGAGAAAUGUUUUGGGCUGCUGCCAUCUUCUCUGCCUUAGGUGCCACUAUAAGUGUGAUCAUUGACAUUAAUGUCAAUAUUUCAGUCAUUGUUUCUGCCCUGAUUGCAACUAUGUAUACGCUUGUGGGUGGGCUUUAUUCUGUGGCCUACACUGAUGUAGUUCAGCUCUUCUGCAUCUUCCUGGGACUGUGGAUCAGUGUACCCUUUGCGAUGUCCCAUCCUGCAGUGACAGACAUUGGGUUCACGGCUGUGCACCCGGUGCACCAAGCACCUUGGCUUGGAUCUAUCAACUCACUUGACAUUUACACAUGGCUGGACAAUUUCCUUUUACUGACAUUAGGAGGAAUCCCAUGGCAAGCAUAUUUCCAGCGAGUUCUUUCCUCAUCUUCUGCCACAUACGCUCAAGUUCUGUCAUUUCUGGCUGCUUUUGGCUGUCUUGUGAUGGCUAUUCCUGCAGUACUCAUUGGUGCAAUUGGAGCAUCUACAGCCUGGAACGAGACUGAAUAUGGUGUCCCUGACCCCAUGACCAAAAAAGAAGCAGAUAGGAUUUUACCGAUCGUGCUCCAGUACCUUUGCCCAGUCUAUAUCUCGUUCUUUGGCCUCGGCGCUGUAUCUGCUGCUGUGAUGUCGUCAGCUGACUCUUCAAUUUUAUCAGCAAGUUCUAUGUUUGCUCGGAACAUUUACCAGCUUUCUUUUCGGCAAAACGCUUCAGACAGGGAAAUCGUGUGGGUCAUGAGAAUCACUGUUUUUCUGUUUGGAGCGUCAGCAACAGCAAUGGCACUGCUAGCUUCAUCAGUGUACGGCCUGUGGUACCUCAGCUCUGACCUUGUUUAUAUCAUCAUAUUCCCCCAGCUCCUGUGUGUGUUAUUUAUUAAAGGAACCAACACCUAUGGUGCCAUUGCAGGAUACUUAUUUGGCCUUGUUCUCAGAAUAACUGGAGGAGAACCGUACCUCUACCUUCAGCCCUUGAUCUACUAUCCUGGCUGCUAUCCAGAUGAAAAUAAUAUCUAUACCCAGCGAUUCCCAUUUAAAACACUUGCUAUGCUUACCUCCUUCUUUACUAACAUUAUAGUCUCCUACUUAGCCAAAUACUUAUUUGAGAGUGGGACUUUGCCACCAAAGCUGGACUUCCUUGAUGCUGUUGUUGCCAGGUACAGUAGAGAACACAUGGACAAAGCAACUCUUGUAAAAAGUGACAAUAUUGUAUUAAACGAACUUGCACCUGUGAAUCCACGACACAGUCUAACUUUGAGCUCAACUUUCACAAACAAGGAAGCCUUCAGUUAUGUUGAUUCGAGCCCAGAGCUGUCCAACACUGAAGAUAAUUAA